AUGCGCCUUUUACGUCAAUUGCUCUGGAGCGUUCUUUGGCUAACGCUGGCGCUAGCGGCUCUUAUUCCACCCACCUUUUCUGCGUCCGAACUCAGACACCUACAAGGAGACCCCAUGGCUACACACAAGGUUACGCUAGCGAUUGCCAAAAACAAAAUGUACUACGGGGGCUUGACUGUAGCGCUUUUCGGUGAUGUUGUGCCGAAGACGUCUGAAAAUUUCGCCGCUUUGGCCAACAUGUCCCAAGGGUUUGGCUACGAUACAACUCCAUUUCAUAGAAUCAUAAAAGACUUCAUGGUUCAAGGUGGAGACUUUGAGAACAAAGACGGCACAGGUGGCCGCUCCAUAUACGGAAAACACUUUCCAGAUGAAAAUUCCGAAUUGAAGCACGAUAAGUAUGGCCGUGUGUCUAUGGCCAACUCAGGGAAGGAUCGCAAUGGAGCACAGUUUUUCAUCACGACGAGAGAUGAGUGUCUGUGGCUCGACGGGAAGCACGUGGUGUUUGGGCAACUAGUAGAUGGGUUUGAACUUUUGGAGGAGAUGAAUAAUUGCACCACAGGCGUUAAUGAUCGCCCCAAUGACGAGUACUUGAUAUACAAAGGUGAGACCGCUCUUAUAGACUACACGCAGCAAAAGAGCUUGCAGGAGUUGCUGAAGGAGGAGGAGAUUGAGCAAGCUGCUUUGCGGGGAGAGACAACGUUGUUCAAUGACCAGGUGAGGGUCAUGGAGGUAGAGCACGAGGACUCGAUGGGAGGGUACAUCUUCCUCAUGGGCUUCUGCUUGAUUGUGUUGGUGAUAAUGACCAGUACAAAGAGAAAAAGGGUGGCCUGA